AACAAAGUUAAAGGACGAAGAUGUAUCAUACCGACCGCAAUAGUAGACUAACACACACUAUUUUUUAACAUGUGAAACAAAAUGAAUGCAACGUUGACUCAUUAAAGUUUGUCUUAGAUUUUUUAACCUGGUCAUGGCACGGAAACUUCAUUUCAUUUUUUUACUCUCAGUUGUAGUAAUUAUGGUUAUAAGUUACCAACUCUUCCUCAAUUCCGAAUCAUCACUCAAACAUAUCUCUCCCUGGACAUGGAAAACCCAUUACGCCUUCUCACCAACAAACACCACCGGAAACAUCCCAGACAUCUACUUCACCGCCUCAAAAAAACCCACAAAACUCAACGAAACGUGCGCUUAUUUCCCUCAACUCUUUGACAUCAGAAUCAAAAACAACUACUGGCAAACCCAAAAAACUGACAAUGGUAACUUUAACCUGUUCAACGCAUAUUUAGACCGCCGCGAGGGUUCGGUCAUUAGAAUUAUAGGUACUUACAGCCAGCUGCACCCUCAAGACGAAUUUUUUUGCCAAUUGUGGUACGACAAUCAACAGGCCCCUGUAAUAGUACCAACGGAACCACUACUGUGGAUGUUUCUAGCCCACUGGGGCGCUGACACGAACAAUUUCGACCAUCCGUACCUCAUCACGUGUGCUCUCACCGAUACAAGAGUACCCACGUCGGUGUCUCUGGUUGGAGAUCCGUGCGACAACGCGACCAACAACGUGAAGAUUUUUUCAACCAGAGUGAGCACAAAGAAGAACUUUGUUGUUUGUGUUAAAGGGUUGUCUUUUCCGUUUGAAGACAAGAGUGCGCGGUUAGCUGAGUGGAUCGAGCUUUUAAACAUUUUAGGGGCUGAAAAAAUUCAGUUUUAUGAAUUCAGUGUUGACGCUAAUAGUAAACAAAUUCUGGAUUAUUACUCAGGGUUGGGAAGAAUAGAAGUUACGCCUUUAACUCUAGUGGGUGAUGUUUCUAAUUCACCAUUUCUUCAAAGUAUGUACCUUCACGAGAAAAUGAUAAAAAGGCGCCUACAAGAGGUUAUUCCCUACAACGAUUGUCUCUACAAGCACAUAGAAGAAUUCAAAUUUGCUGUUCUCUUGGAUAUUGAUGAAGUGAUUGUUCCAGUUCGAAACACAUGGAUUGAGUUGAUGCGAACUCUGCAGGAACAAACACCGAGAAAAUCGUCUUAUGUGGCUCGGAAUGUUUACUUUUUGGAUACUCAUUUGCAUCGACAUAAAUAUUUUCAAGAUAUUCCUAGAUACAUGCAUAUGUUGCAGCAUGUGUAUAGGGCCCAGAAUUAUACAAAACCUGGGUACUUUGUUAAAGGUUUUCACGACUUGGGGAUUGUGAAAGCACUGCAUAACCACUACCCUUUUGCUUGUUUGGGUGCCUGUUCUUCGACAGAAAUUAAUACUGAGUGGGCACAACUUCAACACUAUCGAGCUGACUGUGUGGCCGAAAUUGGUAACUGUAAUUCCAUGACCGUGAAUAAUGUUUUAGAUACAAGAGUGUGGAAUUUUAAAGAUGAAUUGAUCGAACGAGUACAAACAGUUUUCAGAGAUCUGCAGAUGUUUGAGGAUCAAGACCAAGAAUACUUUUAAGAUUAAAGAGAAAAGUACAAUUUUGAAUACCCUAUUUAUUGAAACAUUUUUAAACAUGACUUAUGAUCAGGAAGCUUAAUUUUGUAGUUCACAGAAUUUUUUCAACAAAUAAAUAAAAUGCAAAAUUCAAA